AGAGACACAAGCCCACUCACAGGCAAGGCUGGGUGUGUGAGAAUGGGAAGUGCACCACGUUUUUGCUGGAUUAUAAAGAACACGCUCCGUCGCUUAUCUAUUUUUUACAGUUUUUCCCCUCUCUGGAAGUGUUGAGGAAGAAGACUGUUGGCAAGCUGGAAACCUCUGCUCAAUAACAGCAAGCCAAGGCCAGGGCUCCUCUAAUGAGGACCGCCUCCUCGCAGUCCUCUGCGAGUCUACCAGCGGACGCAUGGAGAACCGGCACGGUAAGCACCCUCCGCAGCCCAACGGCCAGCCACCCGAGGCCUCGUCCGCGGCCCAGUCUCCCGAGCGCCAGUCUCCACUGCUCACCGGAGCCACCUCCCUCAUCUCCCUCAACCAGACUGAGGAGUUCUUCGACCUGAUAGCCAGCUCCCAGAGCCGCAGGCUGGACGAUCAGAGGGCCAGUAUAGGAGAUCGACUGGGCGUUACGAUAGCACAGAACAACGUCGCCCAUCUCUGCGAAGCCUGUAACCCACAGGAGCCCAGCGAUGAGUUCUUUAAUAUGCUGAUAAAGUAUCAGUCCUCUAGGAUCAAUGAUCAAAGGUGCUCCCUGCCUCCAGCUCCUGAUCCGGACGAAGACUUCUUCAGUCUCAUUCAGAGAGUGCAGGCCAAACGUAUGGAUGAACAGCGGGUCUCCUUCCACCCUGACGAGAAGGAUGACACGGACUCUGAGCCUCCCAAGUCCAAGCCUUCUGAAGAAGACUCCAGUUAGUUAGAGACUGCCGCUGCUCUUCAGUGUGACAUCCCCGGUCCUCAUUAAGCACUGACUCUAAACUUCUGAGAGGGAUAGAUCUCAGUCGUUGGUGGAACUGCUUUGUGGCAUUAAGUCUAGACCAUUUCUCUCCAGUUCUGGUCCUCUACUGCUCCUGCACUGCAUAGUUCGGCUCCACCUUUGUGUAGGUUUUGGGGAUUUGACGAUAACCUACAAUCGCAACGUCAACUAUGGUAUGCAGUAUGAUUUUUUGCACUGAUUGUAAGCUGCAGGCUGCAAUUUGAAGCUGUUUGUGGAUACAACCAACCAACUUUGGUAGUCCCCAGUACACGACAAAUGACAGUGCUUGAGAUGGAAGCUAUAGAGCAAAUGGUCUCAAGAUGUAUUGCACAGGAAAUGGUUAGGUUUUGCACAGUGGUUGAAGGAACCAAAUUAACACUGCAGACUAUUAACACUGCAGGGAUGUGCAUUCGGACUAAUUUUGGUUGUUUAAUACCUUUAAGCAGUGGAUUUAAACUGGAAAAUCUAAACAGGGAUCUGGUUGACAUUACUUGGAAUUAGUUACUCAAAACACACAUUAGGCCUGGGCAAUAGGGAGAAGCAUUUGGAUUUUGGCAAUUACCUGACUUGAUACAUAAUAGUAGGCAACAAAAUGACAUUCAAGUCAAUAUUUCCAGCCAACGAAUUAAUGAGAACUACUACACAGAUUAAUUAUUAGACGG